CCGGCCGCGACUCCGGGCUUGGCCCCGGCCCUAGCUCGUCGGCGGUGUACUGGGGUGCGUGGAGACUGUAGUCACGGUGGCGCCCGCGGGGACGGAGGAGGGAAUGAGUGAAGAGGAUCAGGGCUCCGGCUCUACUACAGGCUGCGGGCUGCCCAGCAUAGAGCAAAUGCUGGCCGCCAACCCGGGCAAGACCCCGAUCAGCCUUCUUCAGGAGUAUGGGACCAGAAUAGGGAAGACGCCCGUGUACGACCUUCUCAAAGCCGAGGGCCAAGCCCAUCAACCUAAUUUCACCUUCCGGGUCACCGUUGGCGACACCAGCUGCACUGGUCAGGGCCCCAGCAAGAAGGCAGCCAAGCACAAGGCAGCUGAGGUGGCCCUCAAACACCUCAAAGGGGGGAGCAUGCUGGAACCAGCCCUGGAGGACAGCAGUUCUUUUUCUCUCCUAGACUCUUCAGUGCCUGAGGACACUGCUGUCAUUGCUGCAGAAGCUGCUGCCCCUGUUCCAUCUGCUUUACUAACCAGGAGCCCUCCCAUGGAGAUGCAGCCCCCUGUCUCUCCUCAGCAGUCUGAGUGCAACCCUGUUGGUGCUCUGCAGGAGCUGGUGGUGCAGAAAGGCUGGCGUUUGCCAGAGUACAUGGUGACCCAGGAGUCUGGGCCUGCUCACCGCAAAGAGUUCACCAUGACCUGCCGGGUGGAGCGUUUCAUUGAGAUUGGCAGUGGGACCUCCAAGAAGCUGGCAAAGCGCAACGCGGCAGCUAAGAUGCUGCUUCGAGUGCACACGGUACCUCUGGAUGCCCGCGACGGCAACGAGGCUGAACCUGAUGACGAUCAUUUUUCCAUUGGCGUGAGCUCCCGCCUGGAUGGACUAAGGAACCGUGGGCCAGGCUGCACCUGGGAUUCCUUACGGAAUUCUGUGGGAGAAAAGAUCCUGUCCCUUCGCAAUUGCUCCGUGGGCUCUCUGGGGUCUUUGGGCUCUGCCUGCUGCAGCAUCCUCAGUGAGCUCUCUGCGGAGCAGGCUUUCCAUGUCAGCUAUCUGGAUAUUGAGGAACUGAGCCUGAGUGGGCUCUGCCAGUGUCUAGUGGAGCUGUCCACGCAGCCAGCCACUGUGUGUUAUGGUUCUGCCACUACCAGGGAGGCAGCCCGAGGUGAUGCUGCUCGCCGCGCACUACAGUACCUCAGGAUCAUGGCCGGUAGCAAAUAGCACCCACUACAGUGAUGGAUAUCUGUUACUUCUUGCUCCUUCUGCCCUGGGUCUAUGCGUCUGCCUAGCUCUGGUGCCCUCCAGAGGUGCCAUCUCUACCUCUGACACAGCUUGCCUGCCUUGAGACUGAGGAAGGCAAAGGCAAGCAAGGAGCCAUGAACCACAGGGCCCCAGCCAGCGCAGGGUUUGCCCUCAUUCCAUGGAUGAUGAAUGAAAGGAAAUUGGAAUUCUAUUGGAAUCCAGAAUAAAUGCUGCUCUUUGGCUUCUUAAA